ACCGUAAUACCUUGCUGAAAUACAGCAGUAUCAGCGAUGUACAUUGUAGUCUUGUUAUUAUAUCGGACGUUUUAGGAUAAGCUUUCGGUAGCGGGAAGCCGAAACGCCAUGACCUGAGGAUUAUUGGAGGACGACAUCUGAACAAGGAGGACGACAUCUGAACAAGGAGGCCCACAUUCCCAGAUGCAGAAGAUUGUCAACAUGAUGGCAGAGGGAAUUUUAUUGAUUGAGCCAUUUUAUGGAGGUUCCCAUCGCCAGCUCAUUGAUCAUCUAUAUGCCCAUUUUACAGGAUCUGUCAAAAUCACAAUGACUGCAAAAAAAUGGCACUGGAGAGCUCGAACAUCUGCACUUCAUCUCAGCCAGGAGAUACCACACUCCAGUAAAUAUAGGGUGUUAUUUGCAAGUAGCGUGUUGAAUUUGGCAGAGUUGGUAGCACUACGUCCAGAUCUGUCAAGUCUAAAGAAAAUUUUAUACUUCCAUGAAAAUCAGCUUGUGUAUCCUGUUCAGAAAACCUUACAGAGGGACUUCCAAUAUCCAUAUAACCAAAUACUCUCAUGUCUAGUUGCUGAUACAAUUGUGUUUAACUCACAAUUCAAUAUGGACAGCUUUUUAUCAUCUAUAAAUACAGUGCUAAAAAUAACACCAGAUUAUCGACCAAAGGGAAUACCUGAGAAGAUAAGACCCAAGUGUCAGGUGUUGUACUUCCCCUUAGACCUACCUUCAAGGGCGAUGUUUGAUCAAAGUAGUCAUCCAAACCAACUAAAGGAAAGUUUAACAUCUACAGAAGAGUGUAGUUAUAAAGAAAUGGAAAAUUCAACUUGUAGCUCUGAAGAAAAACAAGUAAUAUGUUUAUAUGAAAAAACUGUUGAUUGUGAAAUAAACACAAAAUGUGAUUCGCCUGUACAUUCUAUAGGCGAAAGAAAUUUAUCAGAUGAAAUGUUGUGUCCACCAGAUGCCAAGAGACUGAAGACAGGACCUCUCCAUAUUGUUUGGGCACACAGAUGGGAACAUGACAAAGAUCCGGAGACAUUUUUUAAUGCCCUUUUCCAGCUUCAGGAGACAGGACUGCAUUUCAGGGUCUCUGUGAUGGGGGAACAGUUUACAGACAAUCCAGAGAUAUUUUCAGUUGCUAGAGAACGACUGUCCUCUCACAUAGUGGCCUGGGGAUACCAGGAGAAGAAGGAAGACUUUUACAGAAUACUGUCUGACGCUGACGUUGCAGUCUCCACAGCCUUACACGAGUUCUAUGGUGUUUCUAUGCUUGAGGCUGUGUACUUCGGCUGCUAUCCACUGUGCCCGAACAGGCUUGUGUACCCUGAGAUAUUCCCCAAGACAUACCUGUACAACACACCUGUUCAGCUACUGAAGAGACUAAAGAGAAUGUGUACAGUCCCCGAGGAGGUUAGACGUCAUUCUGUACAGGUGCCUAUAGAGAGAUACCUGUGGCAGAAUCAGGCAGAUGACUUCUAUGCUUUGUUUAAAGUGAAGAAACAAGAAGAAAUCUAGAUUAGACAUAAAAUCAAAAUUAUGAUUUGAAUUUAAUAUUUUUGAAACUUCAAACUGUCAUUUUUGUUAAGUAAACAUAUGGUUACAAUUAAA